UUAAAAUUUGAUUGGUUUAAAAAACUUAUUUACUUUGACGGUGUUACAAGAAACAUGUUUGUUAACUUUUGAGAAAUUAGACUCUUAUUAAGAAUAUUUUGGUAUUUGUUUGGAUUUAAUUUAUUGCAAUUCAAGUUUUAAAAUGUCAAAAAGAAAAUGCAAAAGUGCAAUUUUCGAUUAUCUCAAGUCCACUUACAGCGAACUGCCUCUUUCUGAUAAUUCGACUUCUUAUCAGCUAUGUUUAAAAGGACAUGUUAUUUAUUUGUAUAUUCAAAAUGGAUUUUCAGCUACUAAAACAGAAAAAAAUAUUUUUGAAAGAUUUGGUCUUCCUACAAGUAAAAAUCAAAUUAGGCAUUUGAUAGGUUGCAGUAUCAUUAAAUAUAAAAAAACAAUAUCAAGAGAUAUGAAAAAGUUUAAAAAAAUUUGCUCAGAAGUAUUUUUUAAUUCAAUUUCUUUAACUAUUUUACCUGACAUUGAAGCUGUUACAGUGCCUACUGCAGUCUACAAUGCAUCAUUUACAUCCAGUUCUUUGGAUUGUUUAAAUUCCAUUGGACCAAUUAGCAUAGCUGAAUCAUGUGCUGAUUCCUUGUCAAACUCUGGUACUUCAUCUUUUGAUUCACAACUGUUCCCUAAGUUGAGAAAUGACCAACUAACUCCAAGAAAAAAAAGUCCUUAAACAGAGGUUAUCUAUAUUGGCAAAUGAAGUUGCCACAAAAAGUCUAAAACAUAAAAAGGAUUUAAAAACUUUGAGAGAAAAAAUUCGAUCAAAACCAUAUAGGCUUAAACAACUAAAUCAGACUAUUGCUCGAAAAGAGAUAACAAUUCGUCAACUGCGUGAGAAGUUAAAUAAAAAUUGUUCCAACUUAAAGUUAAAGCAACUUCAAAAUGCUAAUCUUUAUUUGAAAAGGCAACUAGUGUCAGCCCAGAACCAGUUAUCUUCUGUAACAGCAAUAUUAAAAAAUCAACUUGUUGACAAAAAUGUAGAGAUUCAAGUCCUGCAGAAUGAUAUGUUGAUAUUACAGGAGAAAUUAGAAUCUAUCCAGGAGACAAAACAAAAUUCAAGACAUUCCAAAAGUUACUCAACAAGUAUUAGGGCUCUAAUAUAUGACAUGCCUAUGUGUCAUGUUCCUUCUCACAGUGUGCCACUGCUACUCCAUAAAAUUGGAGAACACACAGGAUAUUGUUUCAGUGAUAUCCCACACCGCACAACCGUGGAGCAGAUGAUGCGUGAGCUAGGUGUUAUUUCAGACCUACAGACUGCUGAGAUAGCAUUGUCAACAAAAGAUCUUACUCUGGGUUUUGAUGCCACAACUCAGGAGGGUAUUCAUGUAAAUGCAGUACACAUUACAACUCAGACAAAAUGCAUGGUUGUAGCAAUUGACCAACUUGCUGUAAGUACAGCUAAUGACUAUCAGAGUCACAUUACACAGUCAAUAGAUCAUCUAGCAAAGUUAUAUAGUGACUUUUACCAGCAAAAGUACUUGGAAUUACGAAGUACUAUUAUUAGCAAUAUAAGUAACACCAUGAGCGACCGAGUUGCCACAAACCAUGCAACAGUAACUAAGUUAAACAAUUUGUGGCAAAAGUAAUUAAAUGAACUUAACUGUCAUCUUCAUCCAUUAGACACAAUAACCAGUGCUUGUAAGUCAUCGCUUAAAGCAUUGGAAACUUCACAAGGGAAUCUUUUCGGUAAAGACUGUGUUGCUGCUAACAUUGUUGUUCAGCUUAACAAACUCCGUUACGAGGAUGGUAAAGGUGACCCGAAGGAAUUUGUUAUAUUUUUGGAUAACAACAAGCUCCCUAAAGGACUACUACCUCGCUACAGGGGAAAUCGACUACACAUCCUUUUUCACACGUGUGGAGUCUUAAUUCAUUACUAUGCUCGAUUGAGAACUUUCCUGCAUUCUGGUGUGGUUUCAUGUGGAGGACUGAGAAAUAGCUUGCUCCUAGACUUCACAUCAGACACUGGUUAAUAUUUUAUAUAUACUUUAUAUAUUGGAAAUCAGAUAAUGGCUUUUAAUCUUCUAUAUGGUUUUUUUUUAAUCGCAUUUGUAUAUUCAUUUCAGGUAUAGGCGAGCUGUGUGCUAUAGGUUUAAUGGGAAAAUUAUUGACCGGUCCUUGGAUGACCAAUUUCUAUGUUGCACAAAGUGAAGUUGACUUUUUGUCUGGUGUUGAAGUGGUUAAAGGUGUUCGCAACAUUCUUAUUGAGAGUCAGAAGAAUGCUCUUUCUUUAUUAAACCGAACAACAGACUUUUUUGGUGGUUGUUUUAAUGACCCGGUGUUUGAUUUUAUUGUUAACUUUUCUCCUAGAACUGAUGAAAUUAGAGACGCAAUAGUCUGCUGUUUGAGUGCUGUUGUUAAUGUCAUUGACCGGCAAUACAAGCGACUGUUUAACUUGAAUACAACUGAUAAACUUAAAGCCCAGACAUUAUCAGCACGACUUCACAAUAUUGACUCAGAAGAACUUAUGGGUAUGUUUAGUGGUGCAAAGCAAAAAGGACCAAAUGCUACACUCUGUUUCUUAUCAGCAAAACUGCGUGCAUGCAAAAAUAAAACCACUGAGUUACUCUAUGAAAAACCUAUUGAGGUUCGAAACAAAUUGAUAUUAUGGGCCAUAUCCACUGCUAGAAAAAAGCAAUUUGCAAACAUACAAAAACAUGAGGAAUUGAAGAUAGAACUGAUUAAACGAAUGGCUGCCAAGCUUCAAAAAAAGGAGGAAAAAGAAAGAAAAAAUGUAGAAAAGAUUUUAAAAAACUGUGUACCUCAGCAAAUGCAAAUACUGUUUCCUGAUCUUGAAAAUAACGAGGCUGCAGAUAUAGAAGAUAUUCUUUUUCGUGAUGUUAUUGGACGAAAUAUCUGCCACAUGUGGUAUGAUUCUGUCACAAACACUCAGGAAAUCUACUACGGGCGAAUUCUUAGAUUAAAAAAAAAAAACAUUGGUGUAUAUAUCAUUUCUUACUGGAAACCAAAGGAGUGUGAGGACGAAGAUGCUAUUGAGUAUGAUAUGAAUAAAUAUCAACUGUCUGCAGAUAUCAUAUGUGGUGAUUUGGCGUUAUCAGAUGAUACGAGAUCAAUGCUUUAAUGAGAUAAUGCGCAUCCUUAAACUUCUUUCUAUUGGUCAGCUAAACUCUUCAAAAAAAUAAAACGGCUA